UAAAAAAAAAAGCGUGUGUGUAGAGAUACGCAGAAGACUGAACCCGAGAAGAGACCAGGUGCGCUCAGGUGGAUUCUUGAGUUUCCAAGCAAAUUAAGAUCCUGGGAGAGAGAAGAGUGCCUAGUUCAGUGGCGUGAAUAAAGGGCCUAUCAGCCCCACGUUUAAAUCUAUCCCUCUGCUUUACUAGCAGUAACCCGCUGAGAUCUUUCCUCAAUAGUGGAACCGGGAUGAUACCAUCACCUCAUACAGUGGUGGCUAAGGAUAAAUAAGAUAGAAUGUGUAAUGUAUUGGGUAUGGUGCCCAGACAGAGGAAACGUUAAUUCCCUUCCCGAAAGGGAAACAAGUACUGAACCCAAAGGCUUCUCAACUUGGGUUGGUAGGAGUGGCUCCCUCGCUCAAGUCUGCCCCUCCUUCUGGUAGGCAGCGCUGGCCGGAGAACUGGGGCGGGUUGCUAACCCCAGGCCACGUCGCGGGUUCCCGCCUCAAAACUUAGUCACACGACACCAAGGGGCCGGCUUCCUGCCCUACGCUUGCGUUGACUUCGUUCAAACAGGCCGCUUUCGUUAACACCCAAUCAGAAAGCUCGAUCUUCGGCCGCCGCCCAAUAAACACGUGGAAUGGGAGGAAAAAAGGGCGUGAAGCCCAAUCGCAGCGCCAUCACAGUUGAGGGCAAAGAGGGUAGGAAGCCGGCAUGGCGCUCUGGUCAAUAAAAUCGAUAGCUGGAAGCUGCCUCUGUUUCAGGCAAAGGCAGUGCAGUAGCAGCGCCGCCAUUUUCCCCGAAGGCAUCUUCCGGUGCCUUUCCCCCAAGUUUGGGCAGGAGUUUCCUGAAUAACAGCGAGAGGUUUCCGUUAGCCGUGCAGGCGGUUGAUUCCGAUUCCCUCCUGACCUGCCCUGGGCGCACUCAAGUCCCAGUCCGGCGGCAGCUCCCAAAUCCCGGGGUCCGCCAGGGGCCAAGGCCGGGACGGAGAAGUUCGUGGAGUCUGCUUCUCGGGUCCAAUGGCACCGCCUUCGGCUCCGCUUUCCGCAGGGGGAGCAGGAAAGGCCGGACCCGGCCGGAGAAGGGGAAGGAAACCAAGGGCUAUGAAGUUCGCGGACGUGGCCGUGUACUUCUCCCCGGAGGAGUGGGAGUGUCUGCGGCCCGCGCAGAGGGCCCUGUACCGGGACGUGAUGCGGGAAACCUACGGCCACCUGGGCGUGCUCGGUUGCGCAGGUCCCAAACCAGCCCUCAUCUCCUGGUUGGAACGAAAUACCGAUGACUGGGAACCAGCCGCCCUGGAUCCACAGGAGUGUCCAAGGGGGUUAACAGUCCAAAGAAAAACCAGAACCAGAAAGAAGACUGAAGAGAAGGAAGUAUUUCCACCCAAGGAGGCACCACGAAAGGGGAAGAGGGGGCGGAGGCCCAGCAAGCCCCGACUGAUUCCCAGACAGACAUCUGGGGGUCCCAUCUGCCCUGACUGCGGUUGUACCUUCCCUGAUCACCUGGCUCUGAAAAGCCACAAGUGUGCCCAGAAUCUAAAAAAGCCUUACCCUUGCCCAGACUGUGGGCGCCGCUUUUCUUAUCCAUCCCUGUUGGUCAGUCACCGGCGGGCACACUCUGGUGAAUGUCCCUAUGUUUGUGACCAGUGUGGCAAGCGUUUCUCCCAGCGUAAGAAUCUCUCCCAGCACCAGGUUAUCCACACAGGGGAAAAGCCCUACCAUUGCCCUGACUGUGGCCGCUGCUUCCGUAGGAGCCGGUCCUUGGCCAAUCACCGGACCACACAUACGGGUGAAAAACCCCACCAGUGUUCUAGCUGUGGGCGGCGCUUUGCCUACCCAUCCCUGCUAGCCAUCCACCAGCGCACACAUACGGGAGAGAAGCCCUACACCUGCCUCGAAUGCAACCGCCGCUUCCGCCAGCGCACCGCUCUCGUCAUCCACCAGCGCAUCCACACUGGUGAGAAGCCAUACCCAUGUCCAGACUGUGAGCGGCGCUUCUCUUCCUCCUCUCGCCUUGUGAGCCACCGGCGAGUACACUCUGGGGAGCGUCCUUAUGCCUGCGAACACUGUGAGGCCCGCUUCUCUCAGCGCAGUACGCUGCUCCAGCACCAGCUCUUGCACACAGGAGAGAAGCCCUAUCCCUGCCCAGACUGUGGUCGUGCCUUCCGUCGGAGCGGCUCCCUAGCCAUACAUCGUAGCACGCACACCGAGGAGAAGCUGCACGCGUGUGAUGACUGUGGCCGUCGGUUUGCUUACCCCUCACUACUGGCCAGUCACCGGCGUGUUCACUCAGGCGAGCGGCCCUAUGCUUGCGACCUGUGCUCUAAGCGUUUCGCCCAGUGGAGCCACCUGGCGCAGCACCAGCUUCUGCACACUGGGGAGAAGCCUUUCCCCUGCCUUGAGUGUGGCCGUUGCUUUCGCCAGAGGUGGUCUCUGGCAGUCCACAAGUGUAGCCCCAGGGUCCAAAACUGUAGGCCUAGAUCUGUUAUAGAGGGACCCAGUCAGAAGGACAGUGCCCUUUAGAAUGGGAAGAACUGUCUUAAGUUCAUUUCAUUUCAUAGGCCCAGAGAAGGGAAGGAGAAGCCCCAGGUCACUGAACUGUCUUAAGUUCAUUUCAUUUCAUAGGCCCAGAGAAGGGAAGGAGAAGCCCAGGGCAGAUUGAGUACUAUAACUCAGGUAUCCUGCACAGACCUGAACUUUAGUAUAUUCCACCACACUGGCUGCCUUAUUCUGUCUAGAACAGACAGUCCCAUUAGGAGAGGUGACAUCUUUUGCUUCAAGUUUAGCAAGCUACCCUACCUUACAAGAAUUUCUAUGUGUGGACAUCAGGGUAAAAGUUCUCCCCAUAUAUUUUAGGGUCUGCCUGCCUUUCAAACGUGCAUGUAGGGAAUAUCUGUCCCCUUGCAUGCAGACAGGAGGCUCCCAGUAGGUGGCAGGAUGUUACCCUACUCUGCCUCUUCCUCUAUACCAGGUUUAAAUAACCUUGUUUAGACCCCUUCUUACAACACUCCUGCCAAGUGGUUUUCUACCCUAACUUUAAAACUCCCUUGGCAGGGAGCUCACUACCUCAAAAGGCAGGUCAUUUCAUUGUGGGAUAGCUGUGAUCUUUAGAGCAUGGUUAAAUGGCACAUUCUCCUUCCCUGUAAGCCUUGCCCAGAAUAUGUUUAAUUCUACAUGGCAGCCUUUCAGAUAACUUAGUCACAACUACUUUGCCCCCAUGUUUUCAGCAUUAAUUUGGUCAAUCAGUCCUUAAAGAUGGGGUUUCAGUUCCCACAUAUGAUCUCCAAUAGGUGCUGGUUUUUUACUAUCCCUUUUAAAGGAUCAUACAAGAAUAAGACAGCAUACCUUUUUGUUCUAUACUUGUUUUAACAGCUCUAGAUUGCAUUGGAUCUGGGAGGAGUGCAGCACUGUACCAGGGGUUUAUUGGGUUGCAGACUUCCAAAUACCUAAGGUUGGGCCCCCCCCCAAAUUCUGAUUUUAGAAAAAUCAAUCAGCUACCUUCUGUAUGUGUCCUGAGGACCAAACCUACAACCUGGUGUACAGGACGAUGUUCUAACUAACUGAACCACCCAGCCAGGGCCCUAAGGUUUUUUAAACCACAUGGUGUGAAGCUAGGUUUUCUGCACCUUGUGUUUGUUCAAGUUGGUUCUAGCACACAAGUGCUGUGAACUUUGGGAAAAGAUUGAUCUUAAGGAAAAGCAGGGACAGUAUGGGCUAGCAGCAAGAAGUGAAAAGAAGACCAGCUUGUACUUUACCUGGUGGAUUUGGAUUGGUUCUUGGCAGCUAGUGGUUGGAAAACCCUAGGUCUCACUUCAGCCCAGAACCUUCCAUGAGCUCUCAGUCAACUUUUUUUUUUCCCCAUAAAGUGAGGUGAGGUCAUUCAAGGAGGGUAGAAAGUUAGGUGAUUACAUAUGAAGCAGAAAGAGUAUACAUAGAGUUACUGAGUUGUGUUCAUGCCUGCCCCCUCACAUAAGCUCCAGAAGUCAGCAUUGUGUCUUAAUUUUUUAUUUGCUUCCAUGGCACCCACCCCUGAGUAGGUAGGUGCUCAGUAAAGCUUUACUGAAUUGAAUGAACAGUUAUAUCACUUCACCUUGGGUAGCUACACCAAAUUGGAAUUUCCAUGCCUGACUUGUCUCAUUCCAACACCUGGAAGGGGUCAUCCUACUCCUGUUGCUUCUUUCAGUUCUCCUGAUAUCAGCCCCAGAGUGGGGGAGCAGCUGGGGAACCCAGCUUUUGUGAUUACCUCUGUUCUGGUGUUUAACAAGUUGCAUUGUAACACUUUCUCCUUGGAUAAUGAGCUACCCCAAGGUAGGGGUCAGACCAGACUGGGUCUUAUUAAAAUAUCUGUUGAGUGAAUUUGGUUCCUUGUGGAAUUACUGUUCAUAAAAUGUAAAUCUAGUUCCAUGCUAAGUAGAAAUUUUCACAGUUCUGAUGGAGACCUGCCCUAUGGUAGCAGAGACCUAUUAGAUGCUUGCCUAGAACCCUGUUUUAGGACUCGCUCUUUUCCCUACUUUUAUCACCAAGUUGACCAACUAUUUCCUUACUUAGGAAUUUAUAACUUUCUUUGGGCCUGAUUGUAACUCAUUAAAACUUGGGAGCUAUUGGUGGCCAA